ACCGCUCAGGGCGCCUGCUUCCCGCUGGACAGCGCUAGUGACUCGCGAUCGCGUUCGGAACUAUUUGCCGUCGGUUGGGACUUGCGUGGUUUUGUUUGUGAGCUCGGAGCUGGCGGUGCCGGGAGCGCGACCUGCAGCCGGGCCCGGCGCCAUGCCCCCCCGGGCCGCCGCCGCCGCCGGCUGACCCGCACGCACCGCAACAUCGCGUCAGCUGCAGCAGCUAGAGCGGGCGCUGUGCCGGCGGCGCGGCGGCGGGGCGGCGGCGCCGCGCGUGUGCCGCCCCGCCGGCCAUGCAGCGCCUGCGGACCACGUUCACACGCUCGCGCACGCCCACGCCCGCUGACAUGAAGACGCAGAGCAGCCUCGAGGUGCCCAAGCAGGUCCGUUCUGCCUCGUUCGAUGAGAUCCAGCUGGAGGCGGCGCGCGGGUCAGCGGGCGCGGCGCUGCUGGCCGUCCCGCAGCACGGCGCCCGCAGCCGGUCCUUCGACUCCGCCGGCUCCGACGACUCGGGGACCUACCUCGAGGUACCGCGGCUAUGGUCCCGCCGGCGCUCCGGCAAGGGCACGCCGCCGCCCUGCGUGCACUGCCGGCACAUGGAGACGUGGCUGGCGCGGCGCAGCGAGGAGCGCAGCACGCCCGAGCGCGCCGCCUUCUCCUCCUCCGCCGAGGACGACGACGACAGCGACGCGGAGCCGCCGCGCGUGCUGCUGGCGCCGCCGCCCCCGCCCCGCGCGCACCCGCCCCCGCGCCCCGCCGAGCCGCCCUCCUUCGAGCUGCAGCCGCCCGCCGACGAGCCGCCCGCCCCGCCCGCGCGCCGCCGCUCCAUCUCGCGCCAGGAGGCCUUCUUCGUGGAGCCCACGGGCACGUCGCUGGAGAACGUGCGCGCCUCCGAGCAGGGCGCGGGCUGCAAGGACGCACUGGUGCACGACAUCUACCUGGCCGUGCCGGAGCUGAAGCGCGACCGCGCCGCGUCCGUGGACUCCUGCUUCUCGAAGCCGCCGGGCGCGCGCGCCGAGGAGCUGGGCGGCGGCGCGGCGGCGCUGGCCGUGCCCGCCUCGUGCCGCUCGCGCUCCGUGGACAUCGUGCUGCCCACGGCCGAGCAGGCGCGGUACAAGGCAUUAGCACUCGCCGGUCCCCCCUGCCCCGCGCAGCCCCCGCCGCCUCCACCCGCCCCGGACCAGCUCGACCAGGCGCUCACUGAGACCAGACGGUCGGGCGAGGGCGGCGCGCGCGUGCUGCGGGCCACGCCGGACUGGGGCGAGGCGGCGCUCAGCGGGGAGCACCUGUGGGCGCCCACCUCCGUGUCCGGCGACUGCUGCUACGUGGGCGACGCCGAGUGCCAGAAGCACGGGUCCCGCAUGAAGUGCUCGGCGUGCAAGAUCGUGGCGCACACGGCGUGCAUCGACACGCUCAUGGACCGAGUGCAGUUCACGUGCAAGCCCACCUUCCGCGACGUGGGCAUCCGCCAGUACCGCGAGCAGACGCUCACGCACCACCACUGGGUGCAUCGCCGCUCGGAGAAGGGCAAGUGCAAGGCUUGCGGCAAGGCCCUGCAAGCCAAACUGUCGUUCAGCUCGAAGGAGAUCGUGGCGCUGAGCUGCUCGUGGUGCAAGGACGCCUACCACAACAAGGAGAGCUGUUUCAACCUGCAGCGGAUAGGGGAGGAGUGCUGUUUAGGUUCACAAUCCGCCAUAAUAGUCCCGCCGUCAUGGAUAGUAAAACUACCUAGACGGGGAAGCUUCAAGUCGUCGCUUCGGAAAUCGCCGAAGAAGAAAAAUGCGUCCAAAAAGAAAGGGAAAGAUAUGAAAUCAGAACAAAAGACGUUUGCCAUCAAGCCGAUACCGACGUCGGAGGUCAAGCCGGUGUUGGUGUUUAUAAAUCCGAAGAGUGGGGGCAACCAGGGAGCCAAGCUGCUGCAGAAGUUCCAGUGGCUCCUCAACCCCAGACAGGUCUUCGAUCUCACUCAAGGAGGACCUGGACCCGGGCUGGAGUUGUUCCGCAAGGUCCCCAACCUGCGGGUGCUGGCGUGCGGCGGCGACGGCACCGUGGGCUGGGUGCUGAGCGUGCUGGAUCGCCUGGGCGCGCGCCCGGCCGUCGGCGUGUUGCCGCUCGGCACCGGCAACGACCUCGCCAGGGCGCUCGGCUGGGGCGGGGGUUACGAAGACGAGCCAAUCUCGAAGAUCCUGGCCAACAUCGGCGAGAGCGACACAGUUCUGCUGGACCGCUGGCAGCUCACGGUGGAGCCCAACGCCGCCGCCGCGCCCGACGACGCCAAGAACGCCAAGCCAGACCUGCCACUCAACGUCGUCAACAACUACUUCUCGUUCGGAGUAGACGCCCACAUCGCGCUCGAGUUCCACGAGGCUAGAGAGGCACACCCAGAGAAGUUCAACUCCCGCAUCCGCAACAAGCUGUUCUACGGCACGGCGGGCGGCAAGGACCUCAUGCAGAGGAAGUGGAAGGGGCUGGCGGACCUGGUCACCAUGGAGUGCGACGGCAAGGACCUCACCCCCGUGCUGCGCGAGCACAAGGUCCACGCCAUCGUGUUUCUUAACAUUCCAAGCUACGGCGGCGGCACGCACCCGUGGAACAAGUCCGGCGGCGCCUCGGAGCCCUCCACCGAGGACGGGCUGAUUGAGGUCGUCGGCCUCACCACCUACCAGCUGCCACUACUCCAAGCGGGCGGCCACGGGACCUGCAUCACCCAGUGCAAGACCGCCAAGAUCGUCACUACGAAAGUGAUCCCUAUGCAGGUGGACGGAGAGGCGUGCCGCCUGGCGCCCUCGACUAUUACCAUCUCGCGGCUCAACCAGGCCAUCAUGCUGGCUAAGAAGAAACCCGGCCGGGUCAUUGCACCACAAGCCACGUUGGACAAGUUGACUCUGACAGUGAACCUCAUCACAAUGGCGGAUUACGAGCGCCAUCAUUAUGAUAAGGAACUGCUGGCUAAAACGGCGGAGCGCGUGGGCACGCUGGACGUGCACCCGGCGGCGGACCUGGAGCAACUGCGCGCGCUCAUCCAGGGGCUGGUGCGCGAGUCGCGCGCCUUCUCCGAGCUCGUCGACUGGUGGUUCGUCGACUCGUGCACAGCGGAGCGUUUCUUCCGCAUCGACAAGGCGCAGGAAAACCUGCACUACGCGUCCGACAUCGGGCACGAGCACAUCUACAUCCUGGACAUGGCGCCGCUGACGCCGGACACCGAGUCCACCGCGCACCCCGACACCACCACCUCGCUCGACCAAUCAGGGCCCUCCAUCUCCUUCGAGACGACGACUGGGCUGUCGGUCUCGCUGGACAUAUCGCAGAGCCAAGACACGCCUAGUGCUGGCGUGUCACUCGACGUGCCCGAGUCGCAUGCUAGUGAGUCAGGACUUGGCAGUCCCGCCCGGACGUCCGAGGAGCUUCUGUCGCCGCAGACGCCGCCGGCCGCGCCGCCCUCGCCCCGCGCGCCCGCGCCCGCCCCGCGCGCCGCCUUCACCCCCGCGCCCUCCGACUCGCACUCCCCGCCGCUCUGCAUCAGCCCCCUGGCCAAGGAGCAACCCACGCACGACCCCAUCGCACGCUUCAAAACCAUUCAUGAAAAACUGUUCGGACUUGACCAAGAAGUGUUUGGGUAUAGAAAUCUACUGGAAAAAACCUCCGACACUCUCCUCAAGGCGGCCAAAAUAGGGGACUUAAAAAUGAUGAAGGAGCUGCAUGAGGCUGGCUACUCACUCAUGUCAAUCGACGCAUGCGGCCAGACAGCACUACACAUCGCCGCACGAUAUGGCAACAAGGAGAUCAUCAAAUACCUGAUAGCGUGCGCGCCGACGGCCAUUUUGAACAUGCGAGACAACGAGCGCGGGCAAACAGCGCUGCACAAAGCGGCAGCGCACAAGCGGCGGGCGAUCUGCUGCAUGCUGGUUGCAGGAGGCGCCUCGCUCACCCGCCAGGACCACGCCGGCCUCACGCCCAGGCACCUCGCCCUGCGAGCAGAAGACCACGACUUGGCCGCUUACUUGGAGAGUCAAGAACAUUUCCAAUUAGUGUCUGAAGAUUUAGAAACGGCAGUUUGAAAGCUGGUGGAACUGCGCCCGUCGGAUUUGAACCUGGGAGCUCGAGCCUCGCGCCGCCGCCGCCUCACCACUCGGCCAGUGCGUGCGCGAUGGAAAUACUCUGACACCAAAGUGAUAUUUUAGAUCUUUUCGAUUAAACAUUUUUAAAUUAUAAUAAUAUUUAGGUAUAUAGUCGAUUAAAAGUUAAUAUAUUUUCAAUAAAAUUUUAUCCUAUAUCCAUUAUAAUACGUUGCUGGUGACGAAUUUGUAAAUACUUACCCUGUAUUUAAAUUAUUCUAAUUAGACCAUUUUUUAAUCUUUUGUCCACCACCUGCUUUGUCACGAAUCUGACGACGCGUAACGCGUGACGUGACGUACGACGUAAUGUGUGACGUGACGUGACGCGUUAAGCAACGUGUGACGCGGGGAUAUAAUUAUAGGACAGAUAAAAGUUGCAUAUUCUUGAACUUGUACAAUCAAUAUAGAAGUUAAAAACUAAAUUUUGUACAAAAUAUUAUUUUGUUUGAUAGCAUUUUCGUAAGUACAUAAAUUACUAAAUAUCUAUUUAAGUAAAAUCUGUCAUAAUAAUACAUGAAUAUGUAGGACGGUAGUGUAUUAAGAAAGUAUCUACAUUUGAAUCUGAAUAUAAACCAGAACGCAUCGAAGGGACCUUUACUGUGUAGUGUGUAUAGUUACUCCAGCUGUCUCUACUUGAAUACUGUGUUGUUUGAUCUGUUUUAUUGUACAUACAUACGCCUUUUCUACUCGUAAAAAUACGCCUUAUUAAUUUUAGAAUGAUAAAGAUUCAGAAGUGUGAUUGCUCUCAAUUCCUAUCUAUAUCUUCGGCAAUAAUAGCUAGAUAAGACUAGUCCUUGUUAUGAAACUACAAAUUUGUAAUCAUUGUAUUUUACUAUCGUGUUGCUCACAACUUGUUUAUUCAUACUAGCGAGUAAGGUAUAAUUUGACACUUCAAACUUUUUUUCAAAAUUUUGGAUAACUAUCGCUUAAUUAUUUUUUUUUAAUCAUCGGGAUGAAUUGGCGAUCUAAUGGGUCACUCUCAAUAUAUUGCUACUAUUUUUUAUAUUUUAACUUAAAACUAGAAUUUCUCGAAUACCUAGACGUACCCUGAUGAUAAUUGUGUGGAGACAUCAACGAAUAUACCUGUAAUCGAAUAUUAUUUUCAAGAAACAUUAUAUUUAUUCCAGUAUAUAAUUAUUAGACAUCACAUAAUAGGUCACAUAUUUGGGUCACCACCUGUGUAGCUUGUCUCAAUCUUAUGUGAAGGCCUCUGUGCCGUAAAGAAGCUGUAUAUCUGAGUAUUAUUUAUCGUAGUAUGAAUACCUCUACAUUUAUGGAUAAGUAUAAUAGUCUAGUAUUAACGAAUUUACUCGUACUACUCGCUGAUAAAGCGAACAAUGAAAGACAAAGCUGUGAGAAUUUUCGUCGUAAUGUAAUAUAUAGUAAGGUCAUUUAAAUUAUAAGAUUUUGACGAUUGUCUUUUUUUUUUAGGUAGAUCUCUUUGUGAUUGUACCUAGAUAGAUUACAAAUAAUAUAUGAUUGUAUACCGUAGAAUCAGGUCUUAUGAUAGUGCGCAUUGCUUAUAUACAUAUUUUGUCAACUGAGAAUAGAAAAUUUAGUAAAAUUGUAAAGAAGUAAAAUAUUUUUUCCAUAUUAAAAUUUUAAAUUCAGAAAUAUUACGUUAAUAGGUCAGUACAACAUUAUUACGCAAUCAACAUGCCUACUUACAGUAAUCUUCAUUAGAUUUAAAUUGAUAUCUUAACCAUAAGAUAGGUUCAUGUGUUAUUCAAUCGUAAAACGAUCAUUGCAUUCAUUUUACAGAUUAAAAAAAUCGUUUACCAAAAAUCUAUUUCUGAAAUAUUACCGAGUAAAUUUUUAUAUUUUCAAAUCUCAAUAAGUGUAAGUAAGCAGCAAUGUCUGAUUUGAUUUCAACAGUUACAACCUUAAUAAUCUUUUCUCAAAAAAUCACAGUUUGUAGGAUUUAUACUUAUUAUUGUUCGUCUUCUUUAGCUCUUUUCCGACUCUGAGUAGAUAAUGUACUCAAGAGUAAAUAACUCACACAGUAAUUUAUCUUAUUUUCGCAUAAUGAAGUACAAUUGUGUUAUUGAUAUUUUCCUACUAGCUAAUAAUAUUCGUCUUCGUAUAUACUACUCGAGGCCUUUAUUCGUGUAGAGUACCUAUUAAUGUAUGUAUAUGAUAUUCUAUAAGAACAUAAUUUAAUGACCAAGAACUAUCUUAAAAUGAAAAUUAAAUAUCACUAGUGUAAACUUUCAAGCACUGAUUUAAGAAUAUCUUCGAUAUUUGAUAAUUUAUAAACUAAGGUACAAUUAAGGUUCUUUUUAACAUUUUAAAGAGAUCGUAAUUUGAAGGAAUAUUUAAAGCAUUUUAUGACCUUUCUAGCAUUUACACAAUGUUACAUUUUCCGCUAUCUAAAACAUUUUAUAAUAAGUACGUCAAUAAAUCCAUGGCUAUAAUUAUAACAAAACCGCACCAAUUUGCAUUCCAUGUUGCAGAUUUUUUAAAAUAGUUACGUGGUUUUCGAUAAAGAUCAAGUGAAAAACUUUAAAAAGUCACACAAGUGCGUCCACCUUCAUUGGCAUUUCCGACGCCGUUUCUCAAUACAUUUAUGAAAAUCCACUUUGGCUGAUUCGUACCAUAGCAAUAGGUGGACGCUUACCUUAACUCACCGCUGCACCAAGCAGUGUCAUUGUUUGACAGCGAUAGAUUUAAUCUCGGUAUUAUUGUUUAAGUUAUGCAUCUGGCGGUAAGAAAAAUAACGGUGGCCUCAUAUAUUUGCUGAAAUCCGUGAACAAAAGGUACAAAUUGAUACAAUGCAACAGCAACAAGUAAAACACUUAUAUCAAAAAAUUACCGGCGGUAGUAACACGAAUUAACGUCAUAUUUGUUUUUUGUCUAUGGUUCGGAAAUUUAAUUAUUAUGUAAGUAUUAAACUUUAUUAUUGAGGUAAUGUAAAUUAACAAAUAUGUUGUUUUGUUGUUGUUUGAAUAAGUUACAUAGAAUGUUGUUAUUGUUGACGAAUACGGUAUAUUAGGAAAUUUAAGAAUGUUCUCAGAUACCUUUAGUUUACUUAGAAAUCCUGUCAAUAGUGUGACUUCAAUUACACCUGAGCUAAGUAUUUAUUACAAAAUGAUUAUAAUUGUUAAACGAAUUUUGCUUAAAUUACUUACAUUAUCAUAAUUUUUGAAACUAAAUCAUAGUUGGUAGAUAUAUUUAAGCAGUAUGCAUUUUCCCUUAGAAGUGUCCAUAAAAUGUCAUUUAAAGACUAAUAAUUAUGAUAAAAAGUGAUUUUAAUAAUAUUUUGGAUGCACUCAUUUCAUUAUAAGUACAUACCUACUUAUUUUUGCACUAAAUAAUGUCACUAUUUUAAAAGAAAUUUAUUAAUGAGGUAAUCUGAAAGAACAAUAAAGAUCUACUACGUA